UAUUGUUACCAAUUGCAGUGGAUAUUGUCUGAGGGAGGGUUUAAAUACGUGGAUAUUGUCUGAGGGAGGGUUUAAAUACUCUUGACGGGGAUCAAUGACGGAUUCACGCGUAAUCAGCGGUUAAAUUCCAAUAAAUUGUAACAUAAAUUGGCACAUUGAAAAAACAUUUUCAAGGUUUUGUAGCUACAUUUUCAUCAUAUCUUGAAAGCUGUAAUCCUUAUUUGCAAAGGAGCAUUUAAGGAACUGGGUUGCGGUCUGAUCAAACAUAUUUCGGAAAAACAAUUCCUCUGAUUUAUUUAUAUUAUCAGGUCAAGAUUCUCCGAUUUAUUUCACGCUCUGAAGCCUCCACAAGUGCUGCUACGUAGUUGGAUGCAUUUAUGUCCUGUUACUUUUGCUAACUGUUUUUAACACAUUAUCUCUUGGUUCUUUAAAACACUGAGCUGCGGUCAGACAUAAAUUCUCAUGCAUUAUUGGUAACCAACCUAAUUAUUUCCUGAGACAUGCCCUUGUUUAUCUCCUCCUCCUCCUUCAUAUUCAAUCUCUAAUACCUAAAGAAAACAGCUAACAAUGAUGGAUGACCUAGCAAGCUCUAUUAGUUAUUCAUGAUUUGCCAGAAACAGUUGUUUUUUUUUUGUCAUCUUCAAGAACUUUCUGAGUUACUUUAUUAAUGCCGUCCAUGCCCUUAUAAGCAAAAUAUAUUCAAUACUUUUUGUCAUCCAUCGUUCUUAAAAUUUUUAAGUCUUACAAACUUUGACAAUCUUGAUUUCCCUUUCCUAAACUGCAUCUUCUUGAAUAAAAGACAUCAAUACAUUUAAACAUAACUUCUUUGACAUCUUGGAACUUACGUAAUUAUUCAACUACCAGUUUUUCUCAAGGUUUUGCUCUCUUGGAGAAUCCAUUUGUGGAUUAAUAAUAUCGGCCUUGAUUAUCAUUUCACCGAGCAUGAGUAACAAAACUCAUUUUGCAUUAACUGUUCAAAAUGAGUUGAUGAUCACCUAAAACUGUGCAAUCUGAUUUCUCCCUGCUGUAGCUUUUUCAUUUAUUUUAAUGUCAAUAAGUAUCUGACAUUGCUGAGGAAAACACAUUCCAAAUCAAGGCACGCCUUUAAACUCAUGUUAAUAGAUACAUCUAGAGCCAAUGUAGUCCAAUAUUGUCUAUUGUUAUUGGGUAAAGCAUGCCUUUUGAUCAAACAGUUGAAUGGGUAUCCCGGCUUAAAUGUAUAUUUUUCGUUUGGAGAAAAGGAAUAUAUAAUUUUAAGUAUAUUAUCACUUAUUUAAUUUGCAUCACUGUCAAGCAGGCUAGGAAAUUUACUUUUAGAUCUUUCAAAAAUUGCUAAAAAAGAGAGAUCCAGAUUUAGAUUCAAUCAAAGCCACAAAAUGAGAGACUUAUCAUCAAGAAACUUGGACUCAUUUGGAUAAGUGGAUUUAAAUGCAGUGCUAAAGUUUGAAAUAGCUGCAGUAGAAAUGGAGCAAAAUGGAAGAUCAAGCAGAAAAUGUUCUCCCGAUUCAAGUCAGUUUGGAACAGAAAGCCAGAAACAGAUCAAUCAAGAAGGUAACGCAGAUAUUAAUUCAGAAAGCCCGGAGGGCUUAAAAGUGUCUCAUGAAGCAGAGAAUAAGCAAGAUGUUGAGCAACUAACUCAGACAUGGGAAAGCAGUGGAAGUUCUGGCAAGAGAAGGCGAAGCAGAUGGGAUCCUAUAACUGAUGAAGGAGGAUCUAGAAAGGAAGGCGAGGAAGGUGGUAAAAAGAAAAGGUCGAGAUGGGAAGCAGAAGAGCCCAAAAUUGCAAUGCUAGGGCAAAUAAAACUGCCUGAGUUUGUGAAGCAGUUUCAGUUAAGUGAUGUUGACCCUGAAUUGCUUACACUGAAUGCCAGGCUGUUUGAUAUCAAUAGGAGGCUUCAGACUGGAAAAGUUAUUGAUGAAGCUGAUGAGGUGAGAUCUCCAUCACCAGAGCCCAUAUAUAAUAACUUGGGAAUAAGAAUUAAUACAAGGGAGGUUAGAGAACGAGAAAGACUGACUAAAGAAAGACAAAUUAUCAUUUCAAAGUUGAUUAAGAAGAACCCUGUGUUCAAGCCUCCCACAGACUUUAAAUUUGGUAGGAAACAUAAGAAACUUUAUAUACCUGUUAAAGAAUAUCCUGAUUAUAACUUUGUGGGGCUUAUUAUUGGACCCCGUGGAAAUACACAGAAAAGAAUGGAAAAAGAAACUGGUGCAAAAAUAUUCAUAAGAGGGAGAGGUUCCGUGAAAGAUGGCCGAUCAAAGCCAUCAGAUGACGAAGACUUGCAUGUAUUGAUAGAGGCAGAUAAUGAUGGUUCUUUAGAGGAGGCAUCUAGGAUGAUCGAGAAGUUGCUUGUUCCAUUAGAUGAAGGCAAAAAUGAACACAAACGUUCACAAUUAAGAGAGUUGGCAGCAUUGAAUGGUACAAUCAGAGAGGAUUAUCAAACAAAGAUAGGCACGGAUAAAGGCAACAAACUAGUUUUAUGUUCACCCAAGAAUUUGUCCCACGCUUCAAACACAGGUAACAGAUACCACAGUUCAUCAUUUGACAUUAGGUCAGAGCAAUCUAAAGCUACGAGUGGAUCUGAGCUUCCACAAUGGUUCAAUCAACCAUUUGGUCUUAGUAGCAAUUACAUGCCACCGUUGGUUGGAAGUUUGGAACAGACAUGUGGUGGUAGGCCAGGAAUAGGAUCUGAGAUGAGGAAUGCUGGUGGAAUUGUGGGUACUUCCCCAUCAAGCUCUCUUGGUUAUGGAUGUACAUCCUUGUCAAAUGUGGGUGUAGGAUUGAAUUUUGAAGGUCGUUCUUUUGUACAUGCAGAUAUGGGAUCUAGUUUUGAAUAUAAAAUUGGUAAAGAAAUAGACGAAUCAAGAUUGUAUGUGGAAUAUUUGCCUAUUAAUAUGGAUGAGAAACAAUUAAUUCAGUUGUUCUCUUCCUUUGGUGAAAUAGAUGAAGCCAUAGUCAUUAGGGACUACGUGAAUGGUUCUAACAAGGGUUGUGGUUUUGUUAAAUUUUCUGAUGUAUACUGUGCUGCUUUAGCUGUUUCAUGUAUGAAUGGCUAUGUAUUGGAAGGAAAUACUUUGUCUGUAAGAGUAGUUGGACAAUUGCCUCUUCCUAGGCCAGUAUCAGGGCUGGCAGGAGUUUAUCCUCUUCAGGAACAUUGUUCCCAAAAACUAUCUGUCCACUCUUGUGAUCAAGUAAAACCAUUAUGGAGUUCUCCAUCUGGAGAGGUAGCAUCAUCUUCAUACAGUCCUUACUCUAAUGGCAGUGCAUCUGGUAUGCAAUCUCAUGUUGGCAAUCCUGCACAAAUCGGUACAUUUUACAGUCUUCCGGCCACUUCAUAUGCCUCAUAUGAUCUCUAUCAGGUGCCACUGACAUCUGGGUUAACCUCUGCUGGCCUGCAGAAUCUGCCUAGAUCGCAACAAGUGCUUAGUGAUGUGACUGGAAUUUCGCUGCCCAGACUGAAUGCCCACUCAUAUGAUGCUAUUGGCCGGUUCCCUGCAAGCUCAGCCAGCAUAUCUUCUCCAUAUCAGCGACAUUAUGGUCAUUCACCAGUUUUGCUAAGCAGUGCAUGUUCUGAGUUACCAUCACUAGGGCCUUUCACACGAGGCAUGCCAUCUCCUUACUGGAGUUCUACCCUUGUUGCAUCAGGAUAUGAGAAGAAAAAAGAAGAAUCAGAAUAUGAAAGGUUUAUGUCUGAGAUGGGGCAGUGACAUCAAAGUUUUUCAGACAUAUCAUUUUUGGCAUAUGUUUGGAUGCAUGACACAGGUAAAUCGCUCCCAGAUUUGCAGUAUACAAGGUGGAGAUGUUAUUCACUGAAUAUUUGCAAAUUUUAUUGGCAAAUAAUGGAUUAGAAAGACAUGUUUUGGUUCAUCCAGGAGACACAUUAGUGUGCUUGAUUCCUGCACCAAAGGAAUUUGGAGAGGGCUGUUAAUGUGUAUGAAAUUGCUUCUAUGGCAAGAUAUGUAGUCAUGUGUUAAUACGAUUUUUUAGGUUACUUAUCAUAUCCCAGCAAAUGCUGAGACAUCUCACAAAUUGAUCUUAUUAACUGAAUUGACCUAUCUCACUCCAUUUUCAGUUGGCAUACAAUAAUUGCUUCGAUAUGUACUGAAUUGAUGUUGAGUGGUUUCUUGUCUUGUUU